AUGGAUUCAAAAUUAAAGUCAUACGAGAUUGUAGAUACCGAUAAUAGUAUAUACACAGUGCUUUUAGAAGAAGAAGACUAUAAUAAGGCGAUAAAUGAACCAGAAGUCGCACGUACAAUUUUGAAAAAUGUAAAAGUUGCCGGCGUAUCUUCCAAUAUAGCAAAAGAAAAUGAAAGUUCCGAAGCAAUUUUGGAAGAGAAUCUUGAUAGUGGUUUAUGGGCCAAGAACAGUACUGAAAUGUUUAUACAAUUAUAUGCGGAUUAUGAACCGGCAAUUGUAAGUGGCAAACUGAAACAAAAGACUGUCUUUGAAAAAAUAUCUCGACAACUAGCUGAAAAUGACUAUACGUUUUCUGCAAAACAAUGUGCAUCAAAAUUAACGGCCUUGAAACGAAUGUACAAGAAGAUUAAAGAUCAUAAUAAUACGUCUGGUAAUGAUAGACAAACAUGGCAGUAUUUUUUUUAUGGCAGUAUUAAUAACAUUCUUUUAUUGCUUUUCCGUUCCAAAAUUCAGUACUAG